AUCAGUUUCUCGUGUAGUGGCAUAAAAAUCAGUUACGAAAAUUUAAAGACCAUAAUGAAGGAAACUGUAUUGAUAGUGACCGUGCUAAUACUACAAUUUGUAAAUGGCGAUCCAAAUGGUUAUUACCACCAAGAAUACAACUACAAAACUUCGGCUUCCUCUUACAAAAACAAUGAAUUACAACAUAAAACUGACGAUCAGGGCUAUUAUUCCAAACAUGGCGAUUUAGAAGGACGAACAAAACCAAAAGUUAGUUCUAAUAGUGAACACUCCGAGUAUGUCAACCCAAAAUUGAGAGACAACGCGGGAUACUACGACAAUGCAGGAGAUUCGUCUUCAUUUGGCCGCAUGAAAGCUGAUAGUUAUUACGAUGGUACCCACGAAGGAUUUGAUAAUUUACUUUCAAACGAUUAUCAGCAAGCUCAAUUAGCCUCCUCAGAUCACAUAGGAGGUGUUAGCAGUGUAUACGAUUCCUAUGGAAGAUCAAGUUCGUCGUCUUACGGUAGCUCCGCACUGCGGACACUUGCAUCUCAACUUCAGAACGAGCUUCAGCAAGAAAUUCAAUCGAAUCUACGAAGAAAUAGCGCAGCCUAUUCACAAAAUAUCGAACAACUUGAAACUGAACUGCGAAGAAACGUUACUGAACGACUCCAGCAAGCACUAGCACAACGCUAUGGACAACAGAGCAUCCGCGGAGGUCAGUCAUAUUCCAUAACUGAUGGCAGGCUUCAAGCCGUCCCCAAUUACCAGCAGCAGGAUCUCGUUGAUAUGCAAAGGCUUUUGGAAAACAAUUUACUGGAUCAAUUAAGACGAGACUACAAUUACAGGUACUCGCAGAACAGACACCAAGAAAAUUACGUUAGUUAUGAAAGGACGACGACAUAUAGACCUAUCUACCCAAACAUACAACCUCUGCAAGUAGUCUAUUCGAAUGCACAUGAACAGCGCAACUCCGAGUACGAAAGGUCUUCAAACGUGAGAUACCCUGUGUCCAAUCCCGAAUCGAUUACAACUAUUGCUUCAAGAGUCCAAAACAACUUAGAUUCUCAGCUUAACAGAUUGUUAGAAGAGGCGCAGAACAAAUAUUUCUCAACCCAUUCGACCUACUCUCCUGAGAACGUUGAUUACGCUUUGGAGAGACUGAGAAAUGAAGUCAGAAAUAACAUAACUUACCAUUUGGAUGAAGAAUUACGGAGGCAAUACGGCAAUCAAAUACAAAGAAAUGGUUACAUGUAUACAGUCGGCUCCAACGGUCAGUACAACACUCAGUCAAAUUAUGACGCAAAUGACCUCAAUAAUCUCAAAAAGCAAAUCGAGAACAACUUGUUAACAAAGUUGAAUCGGGAUUUUGAAACUUAUAGAACAAGAUGGCAGUCUCGUCAGUCACAAGCGUACCAGCAAAAUCGAGAAAGUGGCUACGCAUAUCAUUCGGGAGCACGUGAUAACUACGACUACAGUGCCCACAACCACAACAACAUUCAAUACCACUCGACAACCCCAUCGGCACCCACAAUUUUACCAUUAAUACAGGCGGGAGCGAGUGGAAAUACAUACGGUAGUUACUCCAGCGGUUCUCGAUCCAACUACGAAGUUUCUAGCAGCAGUAACAUGGCCGAACUUCAAAGACAACUCCAAGAAGACCUUAGCAGACAGUUACAGGCGGCACUUGUCAAGAAUAAACAAUACAUGCAGCAAUACUCUACGGCGUCCGAUAGCAAUUAUUAUAACAAUCCGCAGGCCUACGAACGUUCUUACAACAGGCUGUACGAAGAGCUAAAUCGAAAUCUGACCAGACAGUUGGAAGAUUUCGAAACUAGUCAGUCGUACUCGUCACAUGGAAGCUUUAACGAUGCCCAAUUAGCUAAUUUAAAAUCACAACUACAGAGAAAUUUAGCUUCCCAACUGCAACAGGGCUUAACCCAGUCUUAUAGCGCGUCUGCUUCUUACAGCGCCAGCAGCAGCAGCCACAGCGGUACUAGCGGGUCUUACAGACCAGUUAGAGCAUUUGAAAAUUAUGCGAAUGGUUAUGGACAAUUCAGAUCUGGUAAUACUCCUGUAGGACAAGACCCAGCAGACUGUGAUCACUAUUAGAAAAAGAAGAAAUAUCCUGCCACCGAUACUCAAGGAAAUUAUUUAUACUUUUAGUUUUCAGUGUAAAAAGAUAUAAUAUGUAACAUUCCAUAAUAAAGCUGAGCCGGAUAAACUUAAUAGUAGAAAACUCAAUUUAAUUUUUCUUUUAUCAUCCAAUAAUCAUACAAAAUAUUAGUGAUAGAUAUGGUCCAAAUGAAAAUAUACAA